CGGAAGUGGCGGCGGCGCAGGGCGAUGGCGGAGAAGUUCGACUCGUUGGAGGAGCAGCUGGAGAAAUUCGUGGAGAACAUCCGGCAGCUCGGCAUCAUCGUCAGCGACUUCCAGCCCAGCAGCCAGGCCGGCCUCAACCAGAAGCUGAAUUUUAUGGUUACAGGCUUGCAAGAUAUUGACAAGUGCCGACAGCAACUUCACGAUAUAAGCGUACCUUUAGAGGUUUUUGAAUACAUAGAUCAAGGCCGUAAUCCCCAGCUUUACACUAAAGAGUGUUUGGAAAGGGCUUUGGCUAAAAAUGAACAAGUAAAAGGCAAAAUUGACACGAUGAAGAAAUUUAAAAGCCUAUUGAUUCAAGAGCUGACUAAAGUCUUCCCAGAGGACAUGGCCAAGUACAAAGCUAUUCGAGGAGAAGAACCUCCUCCUUAAGACUGCCUUUGGUGCUGUACUUCCAUGUAACUUUGUCAACCACAACCAAAAAGUCCCCUUCAGACCUGUGAAUGGAAGGACAGGUGGCUGAGGAUGGAAAAAUUGAAUUUUCAAGGAUCGCCUCCCAGCAGUGCUUUAUAUUUUGUACAGCAUUUGAUGCAGAAACAAAUCUUUAAUUAAGUGUAUUGCAUUUUCUUUGGGCAAAAUAUAUAAUAAACACUUUGAAGUGAAUUUUGUAGCUAGUUCUUCUAGUAUGUUUCUGUUCAUUCCAUCCUAAUAUAUUUUUCAAGAAAAUAAUAGAGAAAGCUUGUACAAAUUAGCACAAGGCUCAGAAUAAUAGAAAUCAUGUUAGCAUAUUUAAAUCUUUUCAGAAGUCGUAGAUUAAUUAGACUGAAUUACACCUGAAAAUAACUUAUUACUUGGGAUAAUCUUUGUUUUUAACCAAAAAUUUUAAAAUUCUCUCAUAGUAGGUAACUUUCUUGAUUAUAGUGGUAUGCAUUUAAGUGGUCCCAACUAGGUUUUGAAACUAGUUUCAUUUGAGAUUAAUAGGUCAUGUAGUUACAUGUUCACAGCUAUUGUUUAUUGUAGGUGCUCCUUCUUGCAGGAAAGAUUAGUUUAACAGGAUCACCAUGCAGUGCUGUACUGUACAUAGUGAAAGGCUAGCUUCACAGUGGAAAAGGCUGAAAACGUCCCUACCUUUACCGUGUUAGGGAGGCGUUCAAAUAGUAGCAGAUAUGCCUUUUGUUAUAAUACUUAACAUUUCACUGAUCUUGGUCUGUAUAUUGAGAUUUAAUUUCAGUUUGUUUAAAAUCUUGCUGAAUUAUUUGAUCGCACUUGUUACCGUAAAGCAGCUCACUUACCAACAGCAUAAAUAGAGAAUACAAAUGUUAUGUUUGCAUUUGUUUCAAGUCACUUAUAUAACUCAUGAAUGCCACACUUGCACAUGCAGCACCUGCAUGUAUUCUGUAUAUGCUAUGAGCUUUACAGCAACUGUUCUAGCUCCUGUUUAUAUUUAAUAAAACUAGAAACAACAUUGUUGGCGGUACAAGUUUUCUUAAUUAACAAAAGAGAUGGUAGGAAUACAGUGAGUUAAGAGUAUGUAUACUUAUUGCAAUCUGGAAUUUUAUACCGCUUUAAGUUACAUUCAUUUAUUUUUAGCCAGAUCAUCUUUCUUGGUUUAUCCUUCCUCAAAUGGUUCUAUUAUCAAUCUGAAACAAAUAAGUUCCCUUUCCGAAUUCUUUUCUAAUCAACCACAAUGAGUAUUUGCUUUCUCACUAUAGUUAGCGACUAUCUUAUUUAUAGUAAUAAAUUUUAAACAUAUCUACUUUGUUUAAUUUCAGUCAACUCACACAUUUACAUAAAACGAAUAAUUUAGGGAGUGUCGCCAUUUUGAAAUUACACCUGAAUCCAGUUUUUAAAUCAGAACCGAAAUCUUUCAGUUUGAAACUGUUCUCAAAGAUGUAAUGACACAGAGUUGGAUCCAUUGCCUCUUGAAUUUUGAAUCUAUUUUGGUUUAUAAAACUCUGUGGUAAAGAAUAUAAACAUAAAAUAAUAUAGAAUACAAACACAAUCUUCCACUUACCUCCAAGGAACACUUUUGUUGUUGUUGUUGUUCAUGGAGACAAGCAGUAUGUUCUCCCAGUCCCCUGGAAAGACUUGUUAAAUUGUUUGUUUUCCUUAUUCUUGCCUCACAUGGUUUAAAAAUGCCCUGUAUCUCUAGCUAACCAAUGAUCUGACUAUUUUGUCACUUACUCAUGAUGUUCCCUGUUGGGACCAAAAUCUAGUUCUGUAUAUACAAUCAUAGAAGACUAGGGUUGGAAGAGGCCUCAGGAGGUCAUCUAGUUCAACCCCCUGCUCAAAGCAGGACCAA